AUGAGAAAGAAGCCACUUGCUGUGCUGCGGGCGGAAGUAGAGUGCACGGGGCUGCUUCUCCACGCCAACGAAACAGCCACGCUAAGAGUAUGCAACGACGUGUCUACGGUAGAGUACACAGUCACGCCGCAGAGUGGGUACUUUGAAGGGCACACGUAUACAUUCAGCAUAAACAUACCGCAAAACUACCCAUUCAGCCCCCCAAAGGCCGUCUGCCAGAUGAAAAUACUGCAUCCUUCCAUAGACAGCAUAGGAAGAGUUUGUCUAAACAUAACCAGAGAGGACUGGAGCAUAGAGCAAGGCAUACAAAUGGUAAUAUUUGGGCUAUCUGCCAUUUUGUACGAUGUUCCGACUGAAGACCCUCUAAACAAAGAAGCCCACAGAAUACUUAUGCUAGGCCCGGAGGUCUUUCAAAGGCAGGCGAUGGAAGUGUACAGAAGCAACGCCGAAAAGCGCCCGCAGCAAGCAUCCAGAGCAGACUCAGACUGUGCAGGCCAUAUGAGAAUAAAUUGA